AUGAAUCUGAUAGACUGCGAGAACAUGAUCAUUGCCAAAGCUGUGCAAGGAAUGCGGUGGAUCGCUCUGAGUUACGUGUGGGGCAUAGAUGCCCAAGUAGAGGAUUGCCAGGGUUAUCGCGAAGGGUCGGGUGUAUCGUUCAAGACUCCCGAGACGAUCAAGGAUGGUAUCCGCGUCACUUUGCAGUUAGGAUAUCGUUACCUAUGGGUCAACGAGUACUGUAUUGACCAAAGAGACGACAAUCACCGACAGGAACAAAUUGGCAGCAUGGAUCAGAUCUAUCGAGGGGCAGACCUUACCAUCGUAGCCGCAGCUGGUGACAGCAAAAUAUAUGGUCUACCAGGCGUUGCGUCUACGAAACGUAAAGAUAGAAAGAUCGUUCACAUAGGGGAUGUUGUCGUUUUCUCGAACGGGCCCCGCCCAGAUCGUGAAGUCAAAGAGACAAAAUGGUUCACUCGAGCAUGGUAA